UGGUCUAAGUUAUGUACACAAGGAAGAUGAGUACGCCAAAGAGAAACAGGUCUGUCGAUGACCAACGACAUCCUACGCGACUCGUGCGUGUUAAUGUCGAAAUACUUGUAGACUUGCGGUCAAGCUCGUUCAUGUGAAAGUAAGAAGAGAGUCUCUCAACUUCGUCAUGUCUGCUCUACCUGCGACGUUCAUUCAUACGUGUGGAGCUACAGUCGGCUACCUGGUGACUAUUAUGCUAUGGACCAAGAGAGACUAUUACACUGAUUAUAGAGAGGAAACGAUCCUUUCUUUCUGGAAUGCAUUUUACUUGGAUAUCUUGCCGAACUGGGCGGUCUACUGCGUUUCCCGCUUUCUCUCGUGGCUUCGCUACCAUCGGCACCAUCGUCAUGAUCGCCAUCACCACCUUUUGGGAUUAAUUUAUUAGAUUUAAAUUAUAGGAGGAAAUAAUUCGCAAGAACAAGAAAAUCCGAACUUUCCGAUCUCUUCUUAUUAUUCGGUACAAGGCAAUAGAGAAUUUUUAAUAAAAAUCUUCUCAUAUUUUAUUAUCAAAUAAACAUCCGUUUAUCGUACAAAAUCCAUUUUACGAGUACUCAGUAUUUAAUUGACAAUGAAAAUUAUAUUGACAAAAAUGUAGUUUAAUUACGCUUAAUGAUCUCUGUCUAAUUGCAUUUACUUAUAUUUAUCUAUGUAUCAAUUUUGCGUGUCUAUUUUCACCUGUUACCAGUUUCUUGAUCUCUUAACGAGUAUCGAUAGGAUAAUAGGAUCGAGGUGUUCGUUCAGGAUAUUGCGUUAUACGUAUCCAAGGUAUCUAUUAACGUAUCUAUACGAAUUGCAAGCCAGAUAUUACGAACAACAAUCUCAUAAUAGGAAGAAUCGCGAAAUAUGAAGUAUGAAUGAGCGGAUACAACGGUAUCCUUGUAAAAGUGUAAAGGCAGUCUGGCAUGGCGAAGCGCAAAACUGAAAGAUUUUAAUCUCAUCUUCAUAAUAGGAUAUUAAAUAGCAUCCUAAGUGUUUUAUCAUAUUUUCCAAAGACUAGCUCAAACCAUUUCUAUAUAUGUGGCUUCUGGUGUCUGCCAGUGAUCCAGUUAACCAUACAUAGUUAUCUGGCAUAUGCAGGAUGCUCUAUGGAGGUGGCAUAGCAAGUCGAGGUGGUUCUUAUAAGUUAUAAUAUAUAUACACCCAUAUUUCAAUAUAUAUAAUGAAGUGGAAGUUGUGGAAGUGGUGAGUACUCGUUUGCCCGUUCCAACCUAAUGGACGGACAUUCGCUCAGGUACACGCACACACAGUGUGCCAAUUUUUCUCAUUUUGCUCCAGUGAAAGGGAAGGAUAUUUACAGGCAAUCCUAUAGAGGCCUAGAUUGCAGAUACACUCCAGCUUCUUAAUGUCACUUCCUUCCCUCCAUAUCAGUGCAUCAGGUCCUUAUCACAUUCCAUAACGAUGACUGUAGAAACAUCAUCUGUGAAAAAUUGUACUUGGGAUAUGCCUGUAUAUCUGGAUGUUCCUGUAUUCGAAUAACGUAAGAAAGUCUUUCUCUUAGAUGCUGGUAGCAACUGCAUCAGAGGAAGGAGCACGCAGCAUUGCCAUUGGUGGGGUGCCUAUAUAGUCUGUCCAGUUCCUGGGAGUAGCUUCAAACUGUGUCGAACUCGAACGGUGGACUUUCAUGAUCCUUAAUCGGUAUAACGAUUUCCGUGCGCGUUAACUACAUUCUCCUUUGUUAAAUCGCUUGUAUGUAGUAUAUGAAAAUAUUUACUCAAUUCAGUUUGGUAAUGGCUCGGGGUGCAGUGUUAUCGAGGAAGACGCCACUUGGAGAGAUUUAAAAAAGAACUACUGUUAUUGGAAGCUGUGAAGACCCUUUGUGCCUCAGAAUAUCUCGAAGGAAUAAUUUUAGUGGUUUCCUGAGGAUAGGAGAACGCAACGAUAUGAUAGGUCGGUGGCCGCUGGCCCUGAGCCUUGUCGUGGGCCUUUGCGCCUUCUGGUCCCAAUUGGGAUGGGUCCAGGGUGAAAGAUGGUCCAGACAAGUGUCUAAUAGCGAUUGGAUUCCAUUGGCUAGUCCGAGGACACACACGGGACAGAAUCAACUGACUCAAAAUGGAGGUGGUCCAGCUAAUCAACAUUUUUCACAAGUUCAGCCACUCGCGUUACCACCGGCUUUGCAGCAACAGUAUCAACAGCAGCUUAUGCAACUUCAGAAGACUCAGGAGAGCAUUCAGAAUCUUCUUUUAUUACAGCAACAACUUCGGACGCAACAGCAACUCUUGCAGGCUCAGGCAUUCUUACCAAACGGAUUAAAGAAUUCGGAAGAGAAUAAACAAGCUCUUCAUCAAAGUACUUUUGCCAAUCUACAAUCGGUUUCGGAUCUUGCACCGGAAGUCCUGAUACCUCCUGUACCAUCUUCGGAUGCGCUUCCUCCAGUUUAUCCGCCUCAACGUUUCCUGUCCCAAAACCCAUCUUCUGUACGUUAUUCAAGCAAGACGAACUCGAAUGUGGUGAAGAGUCAGGACAGCGAAGAAGAGAUUGAAGAAGGAUCUCAGGAAGAAUCAUCAAAGGAGUUAGCUGCAGGACAAGGUCGACAAUAUGUGAAUGAUAAUCAAAGAGAUACAAAUGGUCCUGCAGAGUCCAGUGAUGAAAACGAAGAAGUACAGCUGGUUUACGUUCCUGCUGAAACUCUAGCACAGAGAAGUCAAGUAAACUCGGAAAGAGGUCGAAGUCGCAAGCAGUAUCAACAUCAGAAUCAAAAUCAAGAAAAGUCCCAAGUCUUACCUGAAAUCGAAUCAAGUACCCCAAGAGCUUCUACUAUUCAACAAGAUUUCGCGAGGCAAAUACUGCAACAACUACACCGUGAACAGUUGAUGAAGAAUCGUAUGGUGCAGGAAGAACGUCUUAAGGAAGUAGCCAGGUUGGAGGAGGAGCAAAAGGAGCUGGACAGACAGGCACGUCUUCAUCAGGAGACUGUACUCCGGGAACGAGAAUUACAACGGCAACGGGAGGCCGAGAAGCAGAAGGAACUCGAGCGUCUGGAAGAAAUAGCGAAACAGGAAGAGUUAGAAAGAAUUCGUGAAUUACGAGAGAAACAACGACUGGAACAGGAACGACAGUCGAUGAUUAGAAGACAGGAGGAGGCACAGAGACAGCAAGAGAUUCGAAGUCGUCAGGAACGCGAGCGGCAGAUGGCGGAGUUACAGGCUAAGGAAGAGUCUGAGAGAGAGGCACGUAAGAAGGAGCAAGAAAGAUUAAUGGAGAUAGAGCGACUGGCAGUUUUACAGAGAAAAAAGGAAGCUGAGAUCCAAGCAAGCAUUGAACCUACCAAAGAGCAGGAUAAAGCUGCAGGAAGUAAUAGUGACGUAGUACUCGGAAGACACCGUGCUGAAGCUCUGGUCAGAAAUCCUCAACAUCACAUUCAGCAUCUGACGGAAAAUACAAGACAAAAAAGUAGAGUUCGAGGUAGACAACGUGUUCGGGGACACGUGACUACUGGCAGCCAGAAUGCGAAUGUUUCUCAAGGAUCUCAGACUUCUCAAGGUUCUCAAGGUCCUCGAGAUAAUUAUUCAUCAGGUGUGACUCCUUCGCCAUCGCCAAAUCAGCCACCCUUGUCCGUUUACAUGGGUCAUAUAAAUAUGGAUACGAAGAACGUUAGGGUAUCGGAUGUCCUCAAGCUCCUUAAGGAUGCCAAAACCAUAUCUGUAUUAGAUUCAGUGGGUCUAGAGGCACCGUCCGUUUUUGUGGGACCCAGCAAUUUGGAUCCACCCAAUGGGUUUGCAAAAUUCGAUCUACCCUACCUGUCGAGUAUUGAGAAUAAUCGAGUGGAACGAAAGGUCGACAAGUUGCCCUUCUUUGUCGCACCGUUGAGCUUCAAUCCUCCACCCGGUUACUCCAAAAUACCAUUUCCGGCUCCGCAUAUUGGCUCCGUCGUCGUUAACACUGUGGAUAAUGAAUUGACCAAUGGCGGCUCUAUCGAGGAGAGCAAGCAGGAGUCACAAGUUCAGAUAACUGAUGAUGGAAUCAUCAAUAGACAUAGGAUAAGACCCAACCCUCUUAUCGAACCCAAUUCUUAUACGGCUGAGAGUUCCGGAACCACUGCGGAAGUUACACCUAAUCCGGCAUACGCUCGUUCGACUACACCCACUUACGACACUGGGUACUCUGCUACUCCUACUUCCGGAAGUAGAUACAGAUAUAGACAAUUCUAUGGAGAUAAUCGUCCAAGUGCGAAAAAUUAUGAAAGCAACAAUCAGGCCAAUCAGCCAGUUUAUUCCAGUACGACUCCAGCUCCAUCUUCUUAUCAAGAUGAACUGAUUGACCCGAAUCACAAGAAUCACAAGCCUUAUUACGCUGAAGCAUCAAGUGCUACUACCACUCCAUCUUAUUCCGAUAAAAUUUCCGGAACUCAGGAAGAAGCUACCAAGCAACAGGAUCUAGCAGCACAAUUGGCUCUGAUUAACCAGGAACUGGCCCAGCAGCAUUAUAACAAUCCGGAAGUACAAGAAGCAGUCACUGCUUCCGGAAAUACAAUAGAGAAUGCAAAUCGUUACCAUUCCCUUAAUCAGGGACAAAUAUUAAAUAAAUUUAAUCAGAACGAACGUCCUGAUCACAUUGAUGAAGUUGCACCCACGAGAAUUUCCCAAGAUACCAGAACAAUUCUAUCAGGACCAACUCAGUAUACGUUACCAGCGGAGUUGCCAGUGAUUUCUUCACAUCUACCUGGUCUUGUAAAUCCUUUACUUGAUUCUCAACGUCCUGAGCACCAGGGUGUCAGUUCAACUAGUUCACCAUCUACGACUACAGUUGCUACCACCACGACUACUACGGAAGUUCCGACUACGACACAUAGAAUUCGAGGAAGGCAACGAGGACGAGUUAUAUCUACGAGACCUGCUACGAGUACACAGAGCCCUUCCACUCAUUCUACUACCGAUAGACCACGAAGACCUUACUCUAGGUCCAGGUCAAGAUUUACAACGACCACCACCGAGGGAUACUCGGAACCUACUUACCAAUCGUCUAAAUCAAAAACUUCGGAAAUGACCCAGAGGUACGGAAUUCAAGAUCAUACGAGAAAAUCAAACGGCUCUUCCGUAAGGGGUCAAAGAUACCGAGGACGUGGUGGAGAAAAAAAUACUGUCAAUUCUGAGCUUCGUGCGGAACGUCCAAAAAUCGUGGUUGCCUUGAGUCAAGAGACUGUACCAUUUGGAACUAGUGCAACUGUCGAUAUACAACAAGAACCCAGUGCACCUGCACUCAAUCCAAACGUCCCUGUUUAUAAUACACAGGAUGAUUAUCUUUCAUCGACUCCUGUUCCAAGUCCUCAGGAAAAUUAUUCAUCGAUCACUGAAAGUACGCUGAGUCCUACACCUAUAGGUAGAGAAGAUUUGACAGAAUCUAACGGAGCCGAAUCUUGGCGCGGAGAAUCAAGUCAAGUACAAAAAUAUCGACAGGACAUUAACCCAACGGAGAAUGUUCCUUACGCAGGACCUCAAUCCUCUGCCAACUUCGGGCAGCCACAUCUUGAGGACAAUCCUGUGAAUGGAUUUAAUUAUCAAGCUCAAACCGUGGAGUCUUUACCGACUCCCACGAUGUCUUACAGACCUAAGGAACGUUUAUAUGAUCGUGAGAAAAUUUCCAGCAGCACCGAGACACCUGUAAAGAUUAACUCUGACAGUGAUCCUAAAAAUUAUGAGGCAGCAGCGUUGCAAGGAAAUUUUGGAUCUCAGCCUGUACAGGAAUACUUCCCUACAGGAGAAAGUCAAGUGUCUGAUCAGGGGCUUAGCUACGAUAAUAACAGUCACCCGAAUAAGGCGGAAUAUCCUCAAAGAAUCCUGUCGAGUGGAUCCCACGAAGAGAUUUUGAGUCAAACAACAACGACGACAACCACAACAACGUCUGUACCACCUACGAACGCGGGACGUCAAAGAAUUCGAGGACGUGUCGGAGGACGAGUUCAGCAGGAUUCAAUUGUUCAAACUCGUUCUCGCGAUGGUCAGGACGAAUACGUUCGUUUUAGUCCUAUAAAUCAAGAUGGGCCCAGACGUAGAUUGAAAACGAGACCAAGGGUUCGUUCUCAGCAAGCUCAUCCCCAAGUUCAGACAGAUGAAAAUGAAUACGUAAGGAUUCAAGCACCUACUCAGUAUCAAAGGUCUACCACGAGGACGACCACCACGUCUACUACGACAACAACCACUCAACAACCGGAAUCCGAAAUUGAAUAUGGUUUUAUAAGACCACCAAAUUUUCAACCUAUACAUCCGGUGGUCACGAACUAUCAGACUUUUGUACCAGCGAAUAAUCAAUACCAGGAACGCGUCGUGGAGGAUACUGCCUCGGGGGAAGCUCAUCCAGUUCGUGCAGAAAUUUUGAAAAAUCGUCAGACUUACCAACCUCCACCUAGGAGGGCUACGAUUAAGUCUACCACUGUAACUCCAGAAAUAAUCACUACGCCGAGGAUCAGUUCCACUGGUGCUGCUGUUGAGCAUGAGAGUGGAUUUACAGUGAAUACCAAAGUAAGAUCCGAGGAGCCAAAAGUGCCAAGGACUCGUGGAAGGAUCCGAAGACCUGGAAAAAAACGACUUAACACUACCACUAGUACCACUACUUCAACGGAAAAUCCUACCGACGAUAACGAAUUGCCUAUUGAUGAGAAUUAUCCUAGAACUCUUCGAACUAAUCCUGAGACAAUUCCUCGGCAGGAUAAUCUUAAUAGUCCAAAUUUCGAAAGUCACGGUGAACUUUCUCUGUCGUACAAUCGAGGAUCCGGUUCAUUGCACCAGGUUGAACCCAAUGGUAAUUCGGAAGAUUUCGUCAUUAAUUUUCGAGGAAUACCUAAUGCAGAAUUGGCAGAAAAAGAGGAAUAUGAUCAAACCCAAUUAGCCAGUAAUCGUGGAAAAAACUAUUAUCAAGAAUCUAAAGUGUCCGAUACCCGUUAUUCUGCAGUAACGGAUAUUGAGGGAGCAGAGAGUCAAUGGUCGAGUAAAUUAACUAGAUCAUCCUUCCAACCGAGUUAUUUACCCAAUCGUCUUGCGAACGAUGAAUUAUCCAAUGAUUCGAAGGAUUCCAAAGGGCGUUCCAUUUAUCAGGAAUAUCCUGAGAUUAUCACUGCAGGACCGGAAGUGCAAUCCAUAACAGUACUCGUGACUGCAAAACAGGGUGACGAAAUUCAGAAUGAAUCAACCUUGUCAAAUCACGAGAGAAAAGAUAAAUUCCCUAAUCUUGCUGAAAAUUCUACCAAGAUCGAUAGCAGCACUGAGCAUGAGAAUAUAUCAGGAAUGGAAGACAUUUUUGGAAAAAAAAUGCAAGAAGAUGCUACUAGCUUGGAUACGACCAUUCCUACGGAACCGACUGACACUAUCAACUCCACUACCCCUCUUAUUCCUACAACCAUCACCGAUACUUCUGAUAACGAUAAGACAGUCAUAGAAACGAGUAAAAUUGUGAAGAAAACAUACCUGGAGUAUCCUCUAGAUAGAAAGAUGCUGCAGAAGGAUAGAACAAGGAGAAGGAGGGUCAGAGUCCGCGUGAGACCUGCUAGUGGUGACUUUGUAACUGCGGAAUCACAUCGUUACACGUCGGUAGUAAACAGUCUGGGGGAAGAUAGAUACAUGUAUCGGUUAGAACAGACAACCACUGAGAAACCAGAACAAUCCAUCUUGAACGAGUUUUUCCAAGAGAUGCUUAAGACUGACAAGAGUCCAGAACCAUCAACGACCAUGGAAACAACUAUUCCUGAUGUUGCAACAACGACCCAGGAACCUUUGGCUAUUACAGGAACUAUAUUACUGCCGACUACGAUGAACGAUAAUGUCCAAGAUCCCGAGAACGAGAUGACCACUCCAGCUGAAAGUAUUAUUCUUGACACAGAGGACGCUGAUCAUCCGAAAAAUCAUAGGAGCAAAUGGAGCGAAGUACAGGAUCUAACGAAGCAGUCCAACCUUGAUUAUUUAAAAAUCGCAUCCUGGAUUCCGAUGAACACGAAUUUCUCAAACGGAAUGAUCGUCGAUACACAGGUGAGCACUUUCGCUCCUGAAACAAAAGAAAUGUCAAAGUCCGAUGUCAAAGUCCUUUCCGAUUACGUGAAAGCCAUCUUUGAGAGAUUAAAGGGCGAGGAAACAACUUCAGAGACUAAUGCACCGAUGACCACUACAGAGAGAAUGGUACCGGAAGUGGAUGAAGUAUUAGAGAAGCAAGAAGUGGAAUCCAAGAUUAAAAUUGAAGAGCAUGGAGGUGACGACAAUAAUAAUUUAAUUGAUCAAGUGAAAUCAACUACCGAGACUGGAGCCACGCAGCCGAUGUCGACGUUCGAUCCGACGGAGGAUACGACGGUCGUAGAGAUAGUAUCAACGACUCCAAACGUCCCAGUGCCACCAGAUGAACUGACUACAGAAAUCCCGGGAACGACAACCACGGAAUCUCCUUUGGGUAGAAUCUUGAGAACUUCAACCACGACGAAGGUCUCCCAUAUGACAGAAAUCUGUUACAGAGGCCGUUGCGUAAUGACAAAACCGAAGAAGGAGAUUCACCCGAGAUGAAAUUUCAAGAGAACGGCAGCGUCUGAAGCACAACGGCCCUGAGGUACAUCACGAAGAUCUUAGGUUAACCUACAGAUCGAAACUACCGAUCGAAUCGAUUAAAUUAUUGAAAAAAAAAUGACAAUGAGAUAAUGCCUGAUAGUACGUAUGUAAAUGUGUGUCUGCUAGAAUUUGAUUGUACGUGAAAAUGUGAGAUUAAAAUCUAGCGAGAGAGUCGCGAAGACUCACCCCGUAUUUAAUGAUUUAAUUAAUAGUGACACGUAUGUCUAACCUAAGCAUAAGUAUUUAAUAAAAUUCAUGUAAAUCGUUUAUUGUAACGUGAAGAAUUUUAAUAAAAAUCUUUGUUCAUGGUUCCAAUAUGUAACACGUGUAAAAAUGGAUACAUUGAGAAAUCGUCUGUAAGAUAUAAACGCGUGGAGCAUAUAUAAAUAUUGUGUAACGUAUGUAUCCCCUAGAAAAUAAACCUUACACACUCACA